AUGAGCACAACUCGAAAAAACACGAUCUUCGUGGACUUUGGAGUCCUCCCAGCUCGACCACCGCUGGAUUCCAUAAAAACCUUUGUGGAAAAAAGUAUGGGCCUUAAUCCUGCCGGGUUUAAGUGCCUUCAACUGCACAACACCCGGAACGGCAUCCUCAUCGAGAUGGCUGAUCUAGCAACAGCCAUCAAAGUAGCAGCAGACAACAACAUGAAGCACGCGCUCCGUUCGGGUGAGAAGAAUUUCCAGAUUCCGGUGUACGUUGACGACAACGCCGUCUACGUCCGGGUCCACGGUCUUCCGCCGGGAAUGCCCAACGACGACAUCGCUGACGGAAUGGCGCAGUACGGCGAGGUGCUAUCCGUUACGGACGACGUUUGGAAGAACUUCUUCCCUGGGAUUCCAAACAGUGUGCGGGUCCUGAGGAUGAAACUUACCAAGCCGGUUCCGUCAUACACCACCCUGUGGCAAGCGGAGCAGGAGUAA